CUGAGGUCUGCUCUGCUGCUGGCAUUUGGAGAGACGAGGCUUCGAACACCUAUUGCUAUCACUCGUCGGUGUAACAGAGCUCUGAGGCCCCGUUGCUGACUCUUGUCGGUGUAGUCCUCAGCAGCAGUAUCGGUAGAGGCAGGAGCCGAGUCACUUCUGCAGUUCCAGCUGCACGCCACCAGCAUGAAGGCUUUUGUGUUGGCUGGCUGCGUCUUCUGCAUUUUUCUUCUGUUGCAGGUCACUGUGGAUGGAGAGAGAAAUGUAUCCAACCGUCAGGAGAAGAGCGUUCAAGAGUUGCAGCCCAAGAAGCACAGACAUUCUGAGAAACUGAGAGGACUCAAAGAUAAGCCAAGAGAUUCUGGAAACGCUGCUCAUAGAAUCAGCCAUAAAAAUGAUGCUACUGAUAUUAUUCAAGAAAGAGGAGUGCCUGAGGUCAACAACGGACAAAAACGCCAUUUUGUCAGGAGUAAGAAAGAAGCGCAACGUAACAAGACUGAGGGAAAAUUUCUCAAGAAAAAGAAGAAUAGAAAUUUGUAUACUAAGGACAAUGAGAUUCAUCGCAUAGGAAAGAAAGGGAAAAGUUCAAGCAUUAAUGGAGAUGAGAAACCUCGAGGAAAAGGGAAACUAAAACUUUUUGUCAAGAAUGUGGGAAAACAUCACCCCCCUAAGACUGAGGGAAAGAAUGGGGCAAGUAGUACAAUCUGGAGUGACGGACGAGGAGCUGACCGCACCAAGAAUGGCGGGAGAGGAGCUGACCGCACCAAGAAGGGCGGGCAAGGAGCUGACCGCACCAAGAAGGGAGGGCAAGGAGCUGACCGCACCAAGAAGGGCGGGCAAGGAGCUGACCGCACCAAGAAGGGCGGGCGAGGAGCUGACCGCACCAAGAAGGGCGGGCGAGGAGCUGACCGCACCAAGAAUGGCGGGCGAGGAGCUGACCGCACCAAGAAUGGAGGACGAGGAGCUGACCGCACCAAGAAUGGCGGGCGAGGAGCUGACCGCACCAAGAAUGGAGGACGAGGAGCUGACCGCACCAAGAAUGGAGGACGAGGAGCUGACCGCACCAAGAAUGGCGGGCGAGGAGCUGACCGCACCAAGAAUGGCGGGCGAGGAGCUGACCGCUCCAAGAAUGGCGGGCGAGGAGUCGACAGUACUGACAGUGGCAAAAGAAGUCGAACCUUCAAAAAAGUCCCUAAGGGACAGAAAGACCCCACUUUAGGUAAGCUUAACAAAAACAGGAAAGACAAUCGUGAAGAAGGAAAAAUAAACAAAUCAAAGAAAACAAAAUCCAAAAUUUAUGGCAAGGCACCAUUGAAGAAAUCUAAACAAAAUAAAAGAAUCACAGAUAAUGAUAAAAGUGGCAGACAAACAAACAAAAGCACAAGAGGUAACAAGAAAGAAAAGUUAAGCAAAUCUGCCAAUAAACUUAAGAAUGGUCUCAGGAAACACGAAAAUCUGCGAGGAAAAGAUUUUGUGAAAAAGGCAAAACAACGCAAGAACAAAUUGAAGAAAUCCAAAAAUAUUAAAAAGAGCAAAAAGAAAGUAAAAAAGAAUGGUCUCACGAAACACAAAAGUCUCCGAGGAAAAGAUUUUGCGAAAAAGGCGAAACAAGACAAGAACAAAUUGAAGAAAUCCAAAAAUAUUAAAAAGAGCAAAAAGAAAGUCAAAAAGAAUGGUCUUAGGAAACACAAAAAUCUGCGAGGAAAAGAUUUUGCAGAAAAGGGGAAACAACGCAAGAACAAAUUGAAGAAAUCCAAAAAUAUUAAAAAGAGCAAAAAGAAAGUCAAAAGCAGCAACAAGGAACGGCAAUACGAGAAAAAACAACCCAAGACGGGUAAAGAAGUUAAACAAGCUGUAGAAAAGAUCGGGAGGACUUCGGGUGGCAAUGGUUAUUAUCCUUCCUCUGGUGGUGGCCACGGCGAUGACGACGACGACGCCUCUCCCAAGAAAAAGUGCAAAACAUCGAAAAAGUGCGCCAAAGUCGGCGGGAAGUGCAACCAGAAACACACCUGCAAGACUAAAGUUGUCAACGGCAAGUGCAAGGGGAAGUCGUGCGAGUGUUGCCUCUCCUCAUGUGCAUUAGAACCGAAAAAUAAAUGCCUGAAGUACAAGGGCGUGUGUAAGAAGAAGUGCGGGACGAAGGAGCGCCAGAUAGCCAAGGGCUGCACCAAGAAGAAGUGCGUCUGCUGUGCCAAGGCUUGCAAGCCCACGGACCACUGUAAGACUAACGGAGGCUUCUGUGUGGACAAGAAGAAGUCCUGUACAGGACGGGUGGACAAGGAUGGCUGCAAGGGAACCAAAUGUCUCUGUUGUUAUCCAGAAUUGAAACCGACAUCAAGGCCACCCUUGACUACCUCUGGAGUAAACACAACACACCCGGGAUCAGGAUCAAACACAACUGCAUCAGGAUCAAACACAACAGCUGGGUCGAAUACUACAGCCUCAGGAUCAAAUACAACAGCUGGGUCGAAUACUACAGCCUCAGGAUCAAAUACAACAGCUGGGUCGAAUACUACAGCCUCAGGAUCAAAUACAACAGCUGGGUCGAAUACUACAGCCUCAGGAACAAAUACAACAGCUGGGUCGAAUACUACAGCCUCAGGAUCAAAUACAACAGCUGGGUCGAAUACUACAGCCUCAGGAUCAAAUACAACAGCUGGGUCGAAUACUACAGCCUCAGGAUCAAAUACAACAGCUGGGUCGAAUACUACAGCCUCAGGAACAAAUACAACAGCUGGGUCGAAUACUACAGCCUCAGGAUCAAAUACAACAGCUGGGUCGAAUACUACAGCCUCAGGAUCAAAUACAACAGCUGGGUCGAAUACUACAGCCUCAGGAUCAAAUACAACAGCUGGGUCGAAUACUACAGCCUCAGGAUCAAAUACAACAGCUGGGUCGAAUACUACAGCCUCAGGAUCAAAUACAACAGCUGGGUCGAAUACUACAGCCUCAGGAUCAAAUACAACAGCUGGGUCGAAUACUACAGCCUCAGGAUCAAAUACAACAGCUGGGUCGAAUACUACAGCCUCAGGAUCAAAUACAACAGCCAUUGGAUCAAACACGACGAUUUCGGGACAAAGCACAACUGCUGUUUCCAACACUACAGCUACUUCUUCCAACACUACAGCUGUUGGUUCCCAAACUACAGCUGCUGCUUCCAACACUACAGCUGGUGUUUCCAACACUACAACUGCUGCUUCCAACACUACAGCUGCUGGUUCCCAAACUACAGCUGCUGCUUCCAACACUACAACUGUUGGUUCCCAAACUACAGCUGUUGCUUCCAACACUACAGCUGGUGUUUCCAACACUACAGCUGCUGCUUCCAACACUACAGCUGUUGGUUCCAACACUACAGCUGCUGCUUCCGACACUACAACUGCUGCUUCAACCACUACAACAGCUGCUUCAACCACUACAACAGCUGCUUCAACCACUACAACUGAUGUUUCAACCACUACAACAGCUGCUUCAACCACUACAACAGCCGCUUCAACCACUACAACAGCUGCUUCAACCACUACAACUGAUGUUUCAACCACUACAACAGCUGCUUCAACCACUACAACAGCUGCUUCAACCACUACAACAGCUGCUUCCACCACUACAACAGCUGCUUCAACCACUACAACAGCUGCUUCCACCACUACAACAGCUGCUUCAACCACUACAACUGCUGCUCCCACCACUACAACUGCGAAUACAACACUUGGGAAUCUCACUGCGCAACGCAGCCAACUGCUCGCUACCUUAAACACCACCAAUAAUGUAAUCACUUCUCUUCAAAACAUUCAAACUGUACUUAACAGUACUAUUUCUACGCUUAGCCCAACAACUGGACGAAGAAGGAAGCGCAGUUCUUUAACAGACAUUCAGGCGAUUCAAAUGCUUAUCGCCUCCACCAACGUAGCGUUAACAACGGCAAAUAUUACCGGUUUGAAUACCCUGUUACCGUUACUGAUAUCUGCGGAAGCAACACUGCUCCAGAUACUAGUGACGGUAGUUGGCAAUCCAUCAACAGUUGAUCCGAGCCUUCUGCAGGCCGUGCAGUCGACUCUCAACAGCGUCAAUGUUACUUUAACCGCUGCCCAAGCUUUGCGUGCCAGUACAACCAGUGAAUUUAAUACGGUUCAGCAGAGCAUCACCCAGCUCGGUGGAACCACAGUGGCCUUACCCACUGCUCCUCCGACCAUCACAGUUCCCCCCAACCUGACCGUCACUAGCACCUCAAGUUCCGCAACGAUUACAACAACCCUUGGCAAUAUAACGAAUUCAACAGCCUCAAAUACAACACCGAAUGCAACAACAUUUGCUAAUGCUACCGAUUCGACGACUUCCGCUAAUGCUACUACGACUUCCGCUAAUGCUACGACGACUUCCGCUAAUGCUACGACGACUUCCGCUAAUGCUACGACGACUUCCGCUAAUGCUACAAUUUCAACCACCUCUGCUAAUGCUACAAAUUCAACGACCUCCGUUAAUACUACAGCUUCAACAUCCCUGGACAAUACUACUACUACUGCAGUAAACAUUACACUUUCUGGGCUCUAUUCACAACUCAGUCAGCUUCAAAAUUCCCUAAACGCCACAGAUAGUACGAUUUCGGCUCUACAAGCUCUUCAAGAUCAACUUAAUAAUAUAUUAAUAAUAAUUAACACCACUUUAAAUGGACGCCGGAGAAAACGCAGCGUCUAUGAUGACGUCUUGGCGAUCCAAACUCUCGUUGCCAACGCCACUAACGCCCUGGAACAAGGAAAUGUUACCGCUUUAAAUAGUUUAAUUCCACAACUUAUUGCCGCGAAGGCUACGUUAACCCAAUUAACAGAACUGAUAUCAAGCAAUACUUCAGUAGUCAAUACAACCCUUCAAGCUGAGGUGCAGGCAGCGUUGAGCAGCGUCGACGCUGCCUUAGCCGCCGCACAAACUGAGAGAAACAAAAUAGUGAGUGAUAUAAACGCCGUUCAGCAAGCCAUCGUCCAGCAGGGCGGGACCACCGUCACUGUCCCCUCCGCCCAGACACAGGACGCCUCCGCCACCACAGUCACUUCAUCCACAAGUUCCACAAACAGUUCAGCGACAACAAUUUCAGGCGUUGCUGCAGACAACACGACAACUGCAGCAGACAACGCGACAUCUGCAGCAGGCAGCACGAUAACUGCAGCAGGCAACGCGACCACUGCAGCAGACAACGCGACAACUGCAGCAGGCAACACGUCAACUGCAGCAGGCAACGCGACAACUUCAGCAGGCAACGCGAUAACUGCAGCAGACAACGCGACAACUGCAGCAGACAACACGACAACUGCAGCAGGCAGCACGACAACUGCAGCAGGCAACGGGACCACUGCAGCAGGCAACGCGAUAACUGCAGCAGACAACGCGACAACUGCAGCAGACAACACAACAACAACUACAGCAGAUACUGCAACAACAACUACAGCAGAUACUGCAACAACAACUACAGCAGAUACUGCAACAACAACUACAGCAGAUACUGCAACAACAACUACAGCAGACACUGCAACAACAACUACAGCAGACACUGCAACAACAACUACAACAGACACUGCAACAACAACUACAGCAAACACUACCAACAGUAAUGCAUCAGCAGCUGCCCUCACUUCACAACUCACCCAACUACAAUCCGAAUUAAAUGCCACAAAUAGCGCGACUCUGGCACUUCAAGAGGCUAACAAUACCCUCACCACUCUUGCAAGCGCAGUUCAGGCAGCACUUCCAGCGAGGAGGAAACGCAGCGCCGCGGACGACAUCCUGGCCUUACAAUCCAUCGCAGAUCAAAUUUCAAAAGCCAUUUCUUCGGGAAACUUCACCGGUCUCCCUACUCUGGUUGAGCAGCUUAAAGCGGCGGCGGCCACUCUGACGCAACUUACCCAAGCGAUUCAAAAUGGGUCUGUGACAGUGGAUGCUUCCCUUCAAGCCUCCGUGGUGGGCGCCAUUGCCUCAGUGAACACCGCCGCCAGCACCGCCGCUCAGGCCAGCAAUACCAUGGCCAGCGAAAUCGCAAGCGUUCAGGAAAGCCUCACUCAGUUAGGGGUAACGACAGUGGCCGUGGACACAACGGCGCCAGUAACCUCGGCUCCUCUCCAGACUACUGUUGCAGCAUCAGACACCACUGUUGCAGCAUCAGACACCACUGUUGCAGCAUCAGACACUACUGUUGCAGCAUCAGACACUACUGUUGCAGCAUCAGACACUACUGUUGCAGCAUCAGACACUACUGUUGCAGCAUCAGACACUACUGUUGCAGCAUCAGACACUACUGUUGCAGCAUCAGACACUACUGUUGCAGCGUCGGACACUACUGUUGCAGCAUCGGACACUACAGUUGCAGCAUCAGACACUACUGUUGCAGCAUCAGACACUACUGUUGCAGGAUCAGAUACCACUGUUGCAGCAUCAGACACCACUGUUGCAGCAUCAGACACUACUGUUGCAGCAUCAGACACUACUGUUGCAGCAUCGGACACUACUGUUGCAGCAUCAGACACUACUGUUGCAGCAUCAGACACUACUGUUGCAGCAUCAGACACUACUGUUGCAGGAUCAGACACUACUGUUGCAGCGUCGGACACUACUGUUGCAGCAUCAGACACUACUGUUGCAGCGUCGGACACUACUGUUGCAGCAUCAGACACUACUGUUGCAGCGUCGGACACUACUGUUGCAGCAUCGGACACUACUGUUGCAGCAUCAGACACUACUGUUGCAGCAUCAGACACUACUGUUGCAGCAACAGACACCACUGUUGCAGCAUCGGACACUACUGUUGCAGCAACAGACACUACUGUUGCAGCAUCGGACACUACUGUUGCAGCAUCAGACACUACUGUUGCAGCAUCAGACACUACUGUUGCAGCAUCGGACACUACUGUUGCAGCAACAGACACUACUGUUGCAGCAUCAGACACUACUGUUGCAGCAACAGACACUACUGUUGCAGCAACAGACACCACUGUUGCAGCAUCAGACACUACUGUUGCAGGAUCAGACACUACUGUUGCAGCAUCAGACACUACUGUUGCAGCAUCGGACACUACUGUUGCAGCAUCAGACACUACUGUUGCAGCAACAGACACUACUGUUGCAGCAUCAGACACUACUGUUGCAGCAACAGACUCUACUGUUGCAGCAACAGACACUACUGUUGCAGCAACAGACACCACUGUUGCAGCAACAGACACUACUGUUGCAGCAACAGACACUACUGCUGCAGCAACAGACACUACUGUUGCAGCAACAGACACUACUGCUGCCAGCGGCUAGUGCUGCUACAAUAACAGCGAGUACUAACAACCUCAGUUGUAACAACCACCAUAACAAUCGUGACCAUUACAACCUAGGUUACAACAAUAACAGCAGCAGCUAUAACAAUCAUGAUCACUACAACAGCAGGUAUAACAAUCAUGGCCACUACAACAGCAGCUAUAACAAUAAUUGCCACAACAUCUGCAGGUAUAACAAUCUUGGCCACUGCAACAGCAGAUAUCAAUUAUGUCCACUGCAACAGCAAGUAUAACAAUCAUGGCCACUACAACAGCAGAUAUAACAAUCAUGACCACUACAACAGCAGACAUCAUGGCCCCUGCAACAGCAGGUAUAACAAUCAUGGCCCCUACAACAGCAGAUAUAACAAUCAUGACCACUACAACAGUAGGUAUAACAAUCAUGGCCCCUACAACAUCAGGUAUAGCAAUCAUGGCAACUAUAACGAUCAAGGCAACUACAAUAACUGAUGUAACAAUCAUUCCCACUAGAACAUAAGGUAUAACAAUCAAGGCCACUACAACAUCAGAUAUAACAAUCAGGGCCACUACAACUGCAGGUAUAACAAUCAUGGCCACAACAUCAGCAGGUAUAACAAUCAUGUCCACUACAACAGCAGGUAUAACAAUCAUGGCCACCACAACAGCAGGUAUACCAAUCAUAUCCACUACAACAGCAGGUAUAACAAUCAUGGCCACUACAACAGCAGGUAUAACAAUCAUGGCCACAACAUCAGCAUGUAUAACAAUCAUGGCCACUACAACAACAGGUAUACCAAUCAUGGCCACUACAACAACAGGUACAUCAAUCAUGGCCACUACAACAGCAGGUCUAACAAUAGUAGGGACAAUAUAUACUUCAACAAGCUUUAAUUCGUCAAUAUUACUUCAAUUAAAAAAUUAUUUUCUACUUUGUUGAUAAUGAUGUAAUUCAUAUUUUUUAUGCUAUUCGUGUGAUUCCUAUUUAUUAAUGUGUAUUUUACUAUAUUAUCAAUUAUUUUAAUUAUUUUACAUUAAACACGUAUGUUUAUGAGAACAAUGAAAUGGGUGACAAUAAACUAAUAUGUGUAUUAUUCUGAUGUUUAUUACUAUCAUGAUCACUAUUCCGGCUCUGUGCUAGCCAUUCUGAGGGCUGUCCUAAGCAUUGUCAAAAACUGUUCUAGGCAAUUAAAAAUCUACAGUUCA